AUGAAAGCUUCAUUAAUACAACACGUAUCAUGUCCAGAGAAAAAGUAUAUGAUAGAAAUGUCACAAAAUAACGUUACACAGUCUAAGAAAGAUUAUGAAACACUUCAAGACAUUGAUGCCACCAACGAAGGUGUAUCUGAGACAACAAUCGCUAUUACAAAUGCUAGUACCGCUCCUUUGAAUGAUUUGGAAGAAACCAUUGUUGAUAAUUCUGUUAACAACACUGAUACUAUUCACACCACUGCCAUCACUAGUACUGCCUUGGUUAGCAGUAACAAGAGGGAAAAAAAAAUACCACUGAAUUUGAAUAUACUGGGUUAA